GUUUGACCAUAACUCUGGGUACAGAUGUGACUGUGAACGUGUGUUUGUUUGUGUGCUCUGCGAGCUAUGGCCCCCGUGCGUGUCUCUGGCACUGGGUCCCUCCUCCUCCUCCUGCUCUCUGUCGUCUCUCUAGUCUGAACUGAUCUACUGUUGCCUUGCCCGCUCUCAGCUGGUGUUGCGACCACACAGCAAGGCUCUCCGCUUGCCGUUUGGUAGCCUACUUUUAGUGAACUUUAUUUCGAGUGUGUGGUGCGCUGCGCAUCACUGCUCGUGAAAGGUUUUGGGACAUUGCUGCUGCAAAAUGGACUGAAGCAGCAAUUCAGCAAAGUGUGGAUACUUGUGUGGAAAAGAAGAAUAUUUCUGUAGAGAGCAGUCUUUCUAACGGGUUGAAUUGCCAUCAUGGAAGAGGACGACGGGCAUCUGGAGAACGGUAUCCACGCCGCCAAAGACUCGGACCGACAGCAGCGGCUCAGGCUUUGUAUUUUAAAUGAAAUACUGAACACCGAGAGGGAUUAUGUUCGGACAUUGCUUUUCCUUCAAUCGGCAUUUUUGCACAGAAUCAGACAAACUGCAGAUGACCAACAGUGUCUCUCACCAGAACAUGUUAAGAUUCUGUUUUCAAAUAUUGAGGACAUCCUGGAGUUGCACAAAGACGUGUUGUCUGCAGUGGAGGCCAGUCUGCAGCCUGAACCCCAGCUUCAGCAUGCUCUGGGACACGUGUUCCUCCAGUUUAUGGAGAGUUUCUCCGUGUAUGGCGAGUACUGCAGUAACCAUGAGAAGGCUUUGCGACUUCUCAUGGAGCUAAACAAGAUCCCCAAUAUCAGGACCUUCCUGCUGCACUGUAUGCUACUCGGAGGGAAGAAAACCACAGAUAUUCCCCUAGAGGGCUACCUUCUCACCCCCAUUCAGAGGAUUUGCAAGUACCCUCUGCUGCUGAAGGAACUGUUAAAGCGGACCCCAAAGAAGCACGCUGACUAUCCUGCAGUGGAAGAGGCUCUGCAGGCCAUGAAGGCUGUCUGCUCCAACAUCAAUGAAACCAAGAGGCAGAUGGAGAAACUGGAGGCUCUCGAACAGCUGCAGUCCCACAUUGAGGGCUGGGAGGGAACCAACCUGACAGAUAUCUGCACAGAGUUGCUGCUUCAUGGAAAUCUCCUUAAAAUCUCAGCAGGCAAUAUACAGGAACGUGUCUUCUUCCUGUUUGACAACCUUUUGGUUUACUGUAAGCGGAAGUCCAGGGUUUCUGGAAAGAAGUCCACCAAGAGGACCAAGUCUAUCAACGGGCCCCUCUAUAUGUUCAGGGGCCGAAUCAACACUGAGGUGAUGGAGGUGGAAAAUGUGGAAGAUGGAACAGCGGACUAUCACAGCAACAACUACACGGUGACUAAUGGCUGGAAGAUCCACAACACUGCUAAAAACAAGUGGUUUGUCUGCAUGGCCAAAAAUGCAGAGGACAAGCAGAAGUGGCUAGACGCCAUCUUGAGGGAACGGGAGCAGAGAGAGAGUCUCAAACUUGGAAUGGAGCGGGAUGCCUAUGUGAUGAUUGCAGAGAAGGGGGAGAAGCUCUACCACAUGAUGAUGACCAAGAGUCGACACCUGAUUAAGGAUAGACGCAGGAAGCUCAGCAUUGUGCCCAAGUGCUUCAUGGGAAAUGAGUUUGUGUCAUGGCUGAUAGAGAGUGGAGAGAUCAGUAAGCCUGAUGAAGGGGUCAACCUGGGACAAGCCUUGCUGGAAAAUGGCAUCAUUCACCAUGUGUCAGACAAGCACCAGUUCAAGAACGAGCAGGUGUUGUACCGAUUCCGCUACGACGAUGGCACCUACAAGGCCCGCAGUGAGAUGGAGGACAUCAUGUCUAAGGGCGUCAGGCUGUACUGCCGCCUUCACAGCCUCCACACGCCUGUCAUCAAGGACAGAGACCACCAUCUGAAAACCUUUAAAUCUGUGGUGCCUGCCAGCAAACUGGUUGACUGGCUACUCUUGCAGGGAGACUACUCGACCCGAGAGGAUGCUGUGACACUGGGUGUGGGGCUCUGCAACAAUGGCUUCAUGCACCAUGUCUUGGAGAAGAGUGAGUUCAAAGACGAAUCCCAGUUCUUCCGCUUCUAUGCGGACGAGGAAAUGGAGGGAACCAGCACCAAGAGCAAGCAGCUCCAGCGCAAUGACUUCAAACUCAUCGAAAACAUCUUGGCCAAGUCCCUAGUGAUCCACCCUGAGGAAGAAGACUAUGGCUUUGAGAUUGAGGAGAAAAACAAGGCCAUUGUGGUGAAAUCUGUCACUAGGGGCUCACAUGCUGAGAUGGCUGGCCUGCAGGUGGGCAGGAAGAUCUACACCAUCAAUGAGGACCUGCUGUUCCUCAGGCCCUUCUCAGAGGUGGAAACCAUGAUCAGCCAGGCCUUCUACAUACGACGCUCCCUCCGGCUGCUGGUUGCCACCAAGGCCAAGGAGAUUGUGAAGAUCCCUGACAACCCAGACAGCCUCUCCUUUAGACUCUGUGGCUCUGCCCCUCCUCAUGUCCACGCUGUCAGGAAAGGCUGGGAGGCGGUCGGGGCGGGUCUUCAGCCCGGCCAGGUCAUCCUGAAGGUCAACGGCAACAAUGUCAACCACAGUGACUACCAAGAGGUCCUGGAGCACUUCAGCGCGCAGCACACACACCAGGAGCCUCCCCAAGGGUGUCAGUGGGUGUAUCGUGCAUUUGAGGAUGUGGAAGAGCUACAAAGAGAAAGAGGUGCAGGUGAGAAGGAGGAGAGCCCUUUCAGGCCUUAUCCAGUGGAGAAUGGCUCUGACCACGAGGAGGAGAAUGGCACCAAUGGAAAAGACUACCGACUGGGCAGACUUUCCCUCUCUAGUGAGCUGCCUCUGGUCAGUAUGACGGUAGAUAACGUCCAUCUGGAGCACGGCGUAGUCUAUGAAUACGUCAGCACAGCCGGCAUCAAGAGCCACGUUCUGGAGAAGAUGGUGGAGCCCAAAGGCUGCUUCAGCCUCACUGCUAAGAUCCUGGAGGCAUUUUCUAGUGAUGACAGCCUCUUUGUUCAGAACUGCAGCCAGCUCAUCUCCCAGAGCGACAGAGUAGUUACCAUGCCUCAGUACGAGUUCAGACAAAUCUGUGACACCAAGCUGGAGAGUAUCCGACGGCGUAUCAGCAGCUAUCAGCAGUUUGCCCUGGAGCUGAGGAACAAGGCGUGGCCCUCCUUCAGGCAGGCCGGUGUUCGCCCUCACCCACUGGGCUGCAUGGACUUUGUUCCCACCAACUGCCACGUUAACUUCAUGCAGGUCUCCUAUCCCAAGAGCGCUACCUCUGCUGGCAGGACUUUCAGCAUCCGCUUUGGCCGCAAGAACUCCCUGUUUGGCCUGGAUCCUGACCAAGCACAACUGAACCCCAUGUCCCACACCCAGCACUGUGUGACCAGCAUGGGAGCUCCUUCCUGGAACUGCUCUGGCCUGGAAGGGGACGAGGCUGACAGCAGCGGGGAGGUGACCGUGGAUGGAGGCGAGGGGUUGAUGGACAGUCAGCGGGGUGGCCAUGGGGAAGGCGGGUUGAGCUUCCUGCUCAAACAGGAAGACACAGAGACUCAGGAUGCCUACAUUCAUUUGUACAGCCGCCUGGAUGUUGCUGUAAGGGAGAUGAGGCAGUAUGUCGCUCAGAUAGAUGUCCUCUUGUCGUCUAUCACCGAGCCCACUCAACUCCAAGGGGAGGGUGGGGAGCCCCCGGUAUAUGAGCCGGGUCAGCCGCCCUCUCUGGCCCCCUGUGAGGAUGGCUGUGACCAGGACAAGGUGGAGCAAGGUGGCAUUAAAAGGGUCUGCUUCAAGGUGAAUGAGGAGGACCAGGAAGACUCGGGUCAUGACACAAUGAGCUACAGGGACUCCUACAGUGAGUGCAACAGCAACAGAGAUUCAGUCCUGUCCUACACCAGUGUGCGAAGUAACAGCUCUUACCUGGGGAGUGAUGAGAUGGGAUCAGGGGAUGAGCUGCCGUGUGACAUGAGGAUUCCUUCGGACAAACAGGACAAGUUGCAUGGCUGCCUCGAGCACCUUUUCAACCAGGUUGACUCCAUCAACAGCCUACUCAAAGGACCUGUCAUGGCCAAGGCCUGUGAGGAGACCAAGCACUUUUACUCGGACCAUAGCCAACCAGAGUUCCGCCAAACAGAAGACUGGACGGUUCGUUGUCGUUACAUUAUCCACAAGAACAUCCAGGAGGACCCUUGGAACCUGCCCAACUCUAUCAAAACCCUGGUGGAGAGCCUGCAGAGAUUCGUAGAUGAUGGAAAGAACCAGCUUCUCCUGGCUCUGCUUAAGUGCACAGACACGUCUCUGCAGCUGCGACGGGAUGUGAUCUUCUGUCAGGCGGCGACGGGUGCCCUGUGCGCACUGGCUGAGCAGUUGUUGGCGGCGUUGCGGUUGCGGUUCAACAACGCCGGAGAGUACCAGGAAGACAGCAAAGAGACCAGCCGCAAGUGGCUGGAGCAAAUAUCUGUCAUUGGCGUGCUACUGCACUUCCAGUCCACCCUAGCACCACACCUGAAAGAGGAGCGAACCAUGCUGGAAGACACCAAGUCGGCCCUGCUGGACUUGGACAAAGUCACUGUGUUCUUCAGGCAACUGGAGGAUGAGUGUCUAGUCGCAAACACACCAGUGUGUUACCAGGUGGAUGGCAGCCGACAGGCCCUGAGGGUCACACUGUAUCUUGACAGCUGUCACUUCAGUGAGCUGCCCAGUCGGCUGCAAAAUGGAGGCAGCCUCAAGCUCCACACCGUCCUCUUCACUAGGGCACUGGAGCGUCCAGAGGGAGUGUCCCAGCAGGACUACGCAGCCAUGGAGGAGUUCCAGCAGCGCACCAAUGCUGUCUCACUAGAGAAGGUCAAGGCUUACUACCGCAGACUCAGGGCUUUCUAUUUGGAAAAGUCCAACCUCCCUACAGACUCAAACACCACAGCAAUGAAGAUAGACCAGCUGCUGCGACCCCUGAACACACUGGACGACCUCUGUCGACUAAUGCAGUCCUACGUCAACGUGCGCCCGAGUGCCCAAGGCCACCCGUCAGGUGUCAGCGUGCUGUGUGUGUCCUCUGAGCUGUGUAACCGCCUGGGAGCCUGCCACAUCACCAUGUGUGGUACAGGCAUGCAGAGAUGUACCCUAAAUGUGACGCUGGAGCAGGCAAUGAUCUUAGCCAGGAACCACAGUCUCAUGCCGCGUUGCAUCAUGCAGACCAUGGAUAUAAUGCGCAAACAGGGGGCAAGAGUUGAGCUCUCUGCUAAAAAUCUCAAGGUAAUGGACCAGAUGCCUCCAUCAUUCCCAAGGCUCUUCAAGCUUUGUUUGCCACCCUCAGAUGGAGAACUCUAAGAAAACCGUCACUUCAGAGAAAGGGUGAAAGUGGAAGAGGAUGAUAUGAUGAGGGAUGACAGUAACAAAAGAGUCUUACCACUUUCCUUCCAAGAGACACUGCCAAUGGAAAGACCCCACCCCAUUAUACCAUUUAUGGUCUUAGGCAAGGUCAUUUUAAGUUUUUUCUUUUUCAACAGGCUCUUCAAGCUUUGUUUGCCACCCUCAGAUGGAGAACUCUAAGAAAACCGUCACUUCAGAGAAAGGGUGAAAGUGGAAGAGGAUGAUAUGAUGAGGGAUGACAGUAACAAAAGAGUCUUACCACUUUCCUUCCAAGAGACACUGCCAAUGGAAAGACCCCACCCCUCACCCCCACCCCUCCACUGCCCUAGUUACACAGGGAUCAUUCCACCAUGGAUACCACUAGAGUCUUCAAUGCAACAUACAGGCUGAACAAGACCAUACAAAUGACUAAUGUCAAUUACCAGGGAGCACCUACUGUGAGACUGAUGCAACCUGAAGCUCAAGACUAAUCAUCUACUGUUAUACUGGGAAGCCACCCGGAUAGAAGUAUUAUUGCUUUGGCUGUCUGUCUACACAAAGCUGAAAUGAAUGACUUGACACUUGGUGCAAAACAUUCACAACACAAGUGAAAGGGAGAUGCCAGUUUAAGGCCUCAUAAAGACGACAUCCACAGUGAUUAUGCUCAUAACCGAGCUCUUGCUAUUAACUGGAUUAACCAAACUACCUGUAGCUGACUGUCAUCCUAAAUGCAGAUGUUAUCCAUUUUGCCUUGGACUGCAACUCCAGAGAGCUGUCCCUUUCUCUGUUUGGGCUGGUAUUCCCCAGUGCUCAAUGUUUGGACCCCAAGGGAAGUAGAAUACUUGAAUACCCUGGUAUACCCUGGUAUUCAUGUAUGUUAGCUGGCUGAAUAGAUGCAGAAAGUCAAAGAAUAGACAGAGAGAUGGAAGUAGGGAUUGAGGGACAGAUGAAAAGACGUAUGAUAGGGGGGCUGUUCUUUCUUCAGCCCGUUGCAUGUGGUUACUGUGCAAUUACUGUAGGUUUAGUGUGAGUACUGUAUUACUGCACUAUAUGAAGGAUAGUUAUUUAUUGUGUCCGGAAGGAGCAUUUUUAUCCCUCACUUAUAUUAUAUCAGGUAUUAAAGAAUCUAAAAGCAUUCCAGCCUACGUAUUGAACAGUAUUUAAAGGACCAAUGGCAUGCCAUUUUUUAGACGUAACUGCUUGUGUAUUUUAUUUAUAUGUAUGGUCUUUUAUCACGUCAAGAAGUGUUACAUGGAUCUUCAGGGAGAGCAAGGGAGGGAAGAUGAACAGAAGCUAGCUAAUAAGAAUCAGGACAAAGGAAGCUUAAGCAAACUAUACAAGGCUGCUUGUCAAAAAGCAGCCUAGUCAACAGGUUGGGAUAUUGAAUCAUUGUUAAAUUAUUAAUAUAUUAAUUCAAAUGUACUAGUUGAAGGAUUGCCUUCUGUUAACUAAGACAUUAUUUUGAUUUUUAAAUUGGAUUUUACAUUGUCUUGGGACGAUUGUAUUUACUGGAGGUAUUAAAAUAAGCACAAUGACUCAAGUUGCAGUGUUAGCAAAAAGUACUGUAAGCAGUUUGUGAAUUAUGUAAACAAAGGGAUAAUUCCAGGACUGAAACACAGUAACAUUAUUUUACUGAGGAUUUUAAUUUCUUGUACAUACAAACUGUAACAAUGUCAGAGAAAAAGAUAGGAAGUGUCUUCAAGCAGCAGAGUAAUGCCAUAAAUUUAAAUUGGAUUAUUUUUAUGGAGAUAGUAUAGUAUAUAAAACAUUUUGUAUUCAUGACUGUGCAUUUGAAGAGAAGCUGUUUCUCUUUGCUGACUGUAACCUCACUGACAACUUGUUGUUUUUGACUGUUAAAAGGGUUCAACAUGCAUUUCAAGAAUCUGUCUUGACAUGCUGCAUUCAUUAGGCAGAUCACUUAGUCCUUUUUAUUUAUUUAAAAGCAGUCUGGUUCCAAAUGAGUAUGUUGGAAUAGUCUCUACACAUCCCUCAGCACUAGCGUGACCACUGUAAAUUUACAUCCCUCUGUUGGCAUAUAAGACUCAGUGGAUAUUUGCAUUAUUAUAAUUUCCCUUUUCAAAUUUGCUCCCAGUCUGAGCAGUGUACAUUGAAUGAACUCAGAAUAAAGCAUAAUUACACAAAUCUCGUUUUAAGUGUGUGUUACCAGUUUAAAUUAGCAAUGACUGCAGCAUGUUGGUGUAGAUGGACAAAUAUGUCACUGAUUACAGAUAUAUUUACAUUAUUCUAAUGUUUUGUAUAUACUUUAUUUGCAAUUUUAUGUUGCUUGAAAAUAACUGUACAAAGGACCUUUGUUGAAUCUUUCUAAAAUUAUCAUUGUAAAUGCAAUCUUAACAAGCUAGUAAAUAAAAUGUUCACAUUA